CUGCGCUCUUCGCGCCCUGCCCGGCCGCCCGGUCUUUCGCCCGCACUGCUCCGCGCGCGCCCGCGAUACCUCCAUCCCGAGUUUUUUUUUUUUGCCGCGGGCCGGCGGGGCCUGGGCCACGGGGCUUCCCGCAGGGGGCUCGCCGCGCGGGGAGAGGCAAAGCCCCCGAAAGCCUGCGUCUCCCGGCGCGCAGAGCACCCAGCCGCGAUGAGUUUCCUGGCUACGCCGAAGGCGUCCUUGCUCGCCCUCGUCUAUACGAUCGCGCUGGCCUCCGCCGACAAGGGAGACGAACACGAUUGCUCCUCGGGGCUCAGCAAGUGGAAGGCGACCUGGAGCGACUCCAGAAAGCAAUACUGCUGCGAGCACCACCGUGUGGCGUGCAGCGAGUUCGAUUGCAACGAAGGUGCCGACAAGUGCCAGGGAUGGACUUCCGCUAAAAAGACGUGGUGCGAGCGCAACAAGGGUACGAAGUGCGCCGACUUCGACUGCGACGACGAGAAGCGAGACAUCUGGUCGCAGGACGAAAGGGACUACUGCGAGGGCGGCGGCGACCUUGCUGCGUCCAGCCACGGCAGCCACAUCACCGCGUCCAGCGGCCACGCUUCCAGCCACAGCGGAGGCGGUGCCUUCGACUGCGAGGAGGGGUUCCUCAACUGGCGGGACGGAUGGUCGUCCAAGAAGCAGACGUGGUGUUGCAAGCACGAGAAGAAAGGUUGUGGAGGAGACGGAGACUUUGAUUGCGAAGCUGGUGUCGAGAAAGCAGAUGAGGGAUGGUCCCUCGACAAAAAGAAGUGGUGCUGCAGCCACAAGAAGAAGGGCUGUGACGCGUCCACUAAGGCUCACGGAUUUGAUUGCGAGGCCGGCUAUGCGAAGUGGAAGACCGGCUGGUCUCGUGCGAAGAAGGACUGGUGUUGUAAAGACCAGGGCAGAGGUUGCUCAAACGGAACGGCCUUCGACUGCGGCGAGGGUUACAACAACUGGAAGGAGGGCUGGUCUCAAGAGAAGAAGGAAUUCUGCUGCAGGUCGGAACGGAAAGGGUGCGAAGACGGAACUCAGUCCGAUCCCUUCGAUUGCGAGGCUGGAUUCCACAAUUGGGUUGCAGGGUGGUCGGACUCCAAGAAGAAGUGGUGCUGCAAGAACAAGGACAUGGGCUGCGAGGCCGCCGACCCCUUCGAUUGCGACGAUGGCUUUGCCAACUGGAACGAGGGAUGGUCCGAUGACAAGAAGGACUGGUGCUGCGCAAACAAAGCUAAAGGGUGCCAGGACCAUUUCGACUGCGACGAAGGCUUUGAGAACUGGGAGGCUGGUUGGUCGGAGGACAAAAAGACCUCGUGCUGCGCGAGCCAGGAGAGGGGUUGUCCCCGCAGCGAUCCUUACGACUGCGACGAAGGCUUCGCCAAUUGGGAGGAGGGCUGGUCCGACAGCAAGAAAGAGUGGUGUUGCUUAAACAAGGAGCGCGGCUGCGACACCAACAUCGAUCCAUGGGAUUGCACGAAAGAUUUGGACAAGAUCAAGGAUUGGCCGCAGGACCAGAAGUGGUGGUGUUGCAACCACAAGGACGUUGCGUGCGAGGAUGGCUACAGCGCGCCAUUCGACUGUACCGCCGGGCUGGCGCAUUGGGAGAAGGGCUGGAGCGACGCAAAGAAAAAUUGGUGCUGCGCCAACAAGGAAGUUGGAUGCUUCACCACUACGUCCCCCGAGUACGACUGCAACGCUGGCUUCGACAACUGGAAAGAGGGAUGGUCGGAGCCGAAAAAAGUCUGGUGCUGUGAGAGCACCGGUCACAUGGGCUGCAAGUUUGACUGCCAGGCUGGCCUGGACAAUUACAAGAACGGCUGGGCGGACGCGAAGAAGAAGUGGUGUUGCGAGGAGCAGCAGGUCGGAUGCGGGUGGGUGGAGGAGAACCCAGACUGCGGCGUCGGUGCGGACGCAACGCACUUGUGGUCUCCCGAGAAGAUGGCGCGAUGUGGAGUGGCCACUUCUACUUCGACGACCCUCGUGGUGUUCGAUUGCAACGCUGGCUGGAACAACUGGGUUGACGGCUGGUCCGAGCAGAAGAAGAACUACUGUUGCCAGACCACGGGGAACAAAGGCUGCCUCUACGACUGCGAGGCCGGGUUAGACAACUGGGAGGCUGGGUGGUCGGUGAGCAAGAAGGAGUGGUGUUGCCAAAACAGCGACAAAAAAGAGGUGUGCGACGCCUACCAGUGCGGGAGAGACCUGGCCACAUUUGAGGUUUCUUGGGGCCAGGGGAAGAAAGACUGGUGCUGCAGCUCCAAGCAGCUCGGGUGCCCCCCGGAAGAGCCCUCGCCACCACCCCCACCGCCCCCACCGCCCCCACCGCCCCCACCGCCCCCACCCCCGCCGCCCCCGCCACCCCCGCCACCCCCGCCACCAGCGCCUGCGCCACCGCCCCCACCCCCGCCACCACCGCCUGCACCCCCUCCGCCGCCGCCGCGGGACUACGACUGCAACGAGGGUCUCGCCAACUGGGAGGUGGGAUGGUCCGUCGGCAAGAAGGAGGCGUGCUGCAGAGACGCGAAAGUUGGCUGCGAUCCGUUCGACUGCAAGUUCGACUUGGACAAGCAGAACGACUGGGUGCCCGCGAAGAAGGAGUGGUGCUGCACAAAGAAGGAGGUCGGUUGCCCAGAGAAGUCCGAGCCCUUCGACUGCGACGCUGGCUGGGACAAUUGGGAGGCUGGCUGGGCGGUCGGCAAAAAGGAGUGGUGCUGCUCGAACAAGGGGCGUGGCUGCCCCCCGAAGCACCCGGAGGACUCCAAACCCUUCGACUGCGAGGCGGGGUUCAGCAACUGGGAGUCGGGGUGGUCGGCCCCCAAGAAGGACUGGUGCUGCAACAACGAGCAGAAGGGGUGCCCGCCCGUGCCAGAGUCCAAGCCGUUUGACUGCGACGCGGGCUUCAACAAUUGGCAGAAGGGGUGGUCGACCGACAAGCAGGAAUGGUGCUGCAAGAACGAGAAGAAGGCAUGCAAAGAGCCUGCGCCGAAGUACGACUGCAAGAGUCACAAAGACGAUUGGGAGGUCGCCUGGUCGAUCCAGCAGAAGGUGUGGUGCUGCAACAACGAGAACACCGGGUGCCCCAAGACCACCACCAAGAAGCCGUUCGACUGUGACUUUGGUUCAAAAGGUCCUGCAGGUUUCUCUGCCCCGAAGAGAAAGUGGUGUUGCGAGAACGAGCAGAAAGGGUGCGAGGCCACGAC